AUGGCUGAAGAAACUUCCAAAUCCUCUAUCUCCGAGGGUGUCCAAACUGACCUUCCUGACCGCUCCGCCGGCUCAGCCCCCGCUGCUCAAAGUACCCCUCAGCAGAAAGCGGGCAAGGGGAAAAAACCCGACGCUACACCACUUCCAGACUUUAUCGUUGAGCGCAAUAAGUUGUUUGAUGAGUUGAAGAGGGCUGCAGACGAGGGAUUGAAGAGCAGACCCCGUUUCGAUAUCAACGUCACUCUCGAUAUCGGUGAUGGCUCCCCAGCGACUGUUAUUGCCAAGGCAUGGGAAUCUACCCCGGGCUCUUUCUUAAAGGAUAUUCCCAAGGAGUUUAGUGCCAAUGUGGUUAUUGCAAAGCUUGACGGCAAACAGCUCUGGGAUUUGGAUCGACCGCUGGAGAAAGAUUGCCGGGUGUCCUACCUCCCGUUUGAUAGCCCUGAAGGAAGAGAGGUGUUCUGGCACUCUAGUGCUCACGUUUUAGGCGAGGCUGCGGAAUGCGAGUAUGGGUGCAUGCUUUCUCAUGGACCACCCACUGCGCAAGGAUUUUUCUACGAUAUGGCCUUGCCAAACAGUGGAGUUGUAAAAGAGUCGGAUUGGCCGUCAUUGGAUUCUCGCUCAACCAGGAUUUUUAAAGAAAAACAAUCAUUUGAUCGGUUGGAAGUCUCCAAAGAAGAUCUAAAGAAAAUGUUCAGCUAUAGCAAGUACAAGAUGCACUAUAUCAACAAUCUUAUCGAAGGUGAAAGCAGCACCGUAUAUCGGUGUGGCACAUUGGUGGAUUUGUGCAGAGGACCACAUAUCCAAAAUACUGGAAAGAUCAAGGCCAUGAAGAUUAUGCAGAACUCUUCGGCCUAUUUCUUAGGUGACCAGUCAAAUGAUUCUUUACAGCGUAUUCGCGGCGUUGCAUUCCCGGACAAAAAGUCUUUACAAGAUCACCUUAAAUUCCUUGAAGAAGCCGAAAAACGUAAUCAUCUGAAAAUUGGCAAAGAGCAGGAGUUGUUCUUCUUUGACGACGUCUCUCCUGGUUGUCCAUUCCUUCUACCCAACGGAACGAGAAUCUUCAACGAAUUGCAGAAACUGCUGCGAACGGAAUAUCGCAAACGAGGCUAUCAAGAGGUCCAGUCACCUAACAUGUAUGAUGUUGGCCUGUGGCGCACCUCCGGCCAUUGGAACCACUACAAAGACGAUAUGUUUAAACUUGCAGUAGAAAAACGAGAAUGGGCCUUGAAACCUAUGAAUUGCCCUGGUCACUGCAUCAUGUUCAAUCACCGUGAGAGAAGUUAUCGAGAACUGCCACUCCGCAUGGCAGACUUUGGUGUGCUCCAUAGAAAUGAGGCUUCUGGAGCCUUACAUGGGUUGACCCGUGUUAGAAAAUUCCAACAAGAUGACACUCACAUUUUUUGCACCGAAGAUCAGAUCACCCAAGAAAUCGAGGGCCUUUUUGAUUUUCUUAGCGUCAUCUACGGGCUCUUCGGGUUCAGCUUCAGGUUGAAAAUAUCCACUAGACCGGAGAAAUAUCUCGGGAAACUUGAGACUUGGGAUUUUGCUGAAGCUCAACUAAAAGAAGCUCUCACCAGGUUUAAGGGCUCAGAUUGGGAAAUAGAUGAAGGUGACGGCGCUUUUUAUGGACCAAAGAUCGACAUCACGAUCCAGGAUGCCCUUAAGAGAGAGUUCCAGUGUGCCACCAUCCAGCUCGAUUACCAACUUCCCCAGAAUUUUAAGCUAGAGUACAUGACAGGCGAAUCGCUGAAGCAAAAAGCUGCAGAUUCAAAAGAAGAUAAUAGCAGCAAGCCCGAUGCAGAUGAGGGUGUUUCGGGACCUGGACGUGCUCGGCCCGUGAUGAUCCACCGAGCCAUUAUUGGUAGUUUUGAGCGCUUUUUUGGUAUUCUGAUUGAACACUUUGGCGGCAAAUGGCCAUUCUGGCUGAGCCCUCGACAAAUACUCAUUGUGCCUGUUAUGCCAGCAGUCUAUGACUAUGUUGAGGAGCUCCAGGGAAUUCUUCGGGGGGAUAAAUUAAAUGUUGAUAUUGAUGUCAGUGGCAAUACAUUACAGAAAAAGAUUCGCAGUGGCCAACUGGCUCAGUAUAACUUUAUUUUUGUUGUUGGUGCUCAAGAAAAGGAGACCCGCACCGUCAAUAUUAGAAACCGCGACGAUCCUGCAUCCCAAGCAAAGGGCAGCCUCAUCCCACUUGACGAGGCUCGGGCUAAACUCCGUGCUCUUCGCAAGGAGCGUCGCCUGCGCAAUGAGCUUUAG